AUGCUCCUGUGUGCCACGUGCAUGGAGUCGCGCGGAGGACCACAGACUCUAGAGAUGGAGAAUGGCAAGCACUCAUGCAGUGUAUGCACCAAGCUGUUUCAGCGAUACCGGGUCUAUCAGCCGGAGAGAUGGAGCACCUCUCUGCCUACUGCCAUGUGCCGCGACUGCGCAGCUGCAAGACAAUGCUGUCAAGUAUGUUAUUGUGAUCUAUCAACAUUGAUGGUCAACAGAGUUUACAGCAACACAGUCCCGCCCGGUGGAUCAUUUCUGCAAGCAGAUGUGAAUGCAGACACGCUCCAAAAGCGCUAUGAAGGACCCUUUUUGCAACACAUGCAAGGAUUCAUACCUGUCUUUGUGUGUAGGAUGACUUUGGUGGAUCUUCGAAGUGCCAAUGAAGAGCUGGUAAAAGAGGUGUGCAGUAAUCUUUGCAUCAUGAGGUCUUUGAUUGAUCAAAGAGCGUCUAGCAGCACAGCAGAGAAUUGUGCGGACCACACGACCAUGCACAUGACGAUUAGUUUGUCCUCUGAGCAGCGGAGUGCAUUCUUUCUGGACAUCCCUCCAACGUGUGCCAGAAUACGAGCAUAUAUAGAUCAACUCAGCGGGAUGUUCAAAGAGAUGCAGCGCAUAGUAGCAGCUCAGCGCCUUCGCUUGGCCAAUGUCUUCGGAGCCUUCGCAGAUUUUGCUUACGAGCCAUUAGAGUUAGAGGAGUCCACAGCUACAGGAAAGCAGUGCAAAUCUGACCUUCAAUAUGAGCAUACAGAAAAUGCACGAGUGAUGAAGAUAGAAGUGAUUGUUAUUGAACACAACUCAUUUUCUUUGGAGCUCGUAAUAAAAAGUGCCUUUCUCGCGGAGCUCAUGUGCCUUCUAAAGGUGUACACUGAAGUGGAUGCUAUACUAGAAAUAAGUGUGGACAACAUUAGCGAGAAAGCUACUCUAGAUAGUCAAAUUCUCCGGUAA